UGAAGCGCUUAAUGACGCAGAUGCUGUUGGCGGAUAUUUUGAUUUUCCAGCGUUAACAAAAUGUUAAAUAAAAUACCAGCAACCAAAUUGAAAUCAAGUUUGAAAAAUAGAUUCGACGCAGCAUCACUUCCGAAAAUACAUUCAAUGGCAUGGCUGAACUAUGAGAUGUUUCUCAAGAGACUUGCAAGACUGGCUGCUGAUAAUGCUAAACAAGACAAAUCUGCUGUAAUCAGAGAGAAUCAUGUCCGUAAUGCAGCUAAGACUAUCCUUGGUGGUAUCCGAGGCUGAACAUUUUGCUGGACACAUUACCAUGCGGGGAAAAGUGCAAUAGUGAAAAGUCAGUGUGAACUGCAACUGUUGAAUUGUUGAACAUUAAAAACUGCCGUUGUUAAUACUGUGUUGAACAACUUCCUUUUGGUUCUGCUACUGAAUCUACAGCUGUCGUUUACAAUGUGACUUUGAUCCAACACUAUUCUGUAUUAUACUAAUAGAGAGAUGUCUGCAGGUUGGACUACAGUUGCCGAGGCAUAUCAUUAGAAGAAUUAAAUUAUUAAAAAAAAUGAGGAAUCUGCAUGGCAAUUGAAGACAUGUAUUUAGAUGAAGAGAUAGGAAGCUAAUUAAGGACAGCAAAAAAUAGUUGCAUUUAACAAUAUUUCUGAUUUGGUGAAGUAGAAUUGUGUACAUCUUCUUCAAUUGAAUUAAUUACAUUUGUACUAGAAAAAUAGCCAGGUUGCCGUACGUAAUCAAGCAUGAUUAAAAUCUGUUGUAUCACUUUAAAAAAAAAAACACUGUAAAAAAGCUAAUUUUUAGCUUGACUAUACGAAGUAUAUGGAGAGCUAUUCUACUCACCCUGGGGUCGGCGUCUUUCCGGGUCCCCCACCUAAUCAAGUUUUUUACACUUUCUCUUUUUUCUCCAUAUCUCUGUAAUUACUUGAUGAAUUUGCUUUAAACUUAAAAUAGUUAUUCCCCAUCAUCACUCACAUCAUAUGACACAAGGGCCAAAACUCUCACACCAAUAUUUCAUUAAUUAUCCCCAUUUUUUUUAGUUUUUCAGGUUAAAGUUUUGAUGCACUUUCACUCUAUCUCAAUUAUUCCUAAAUCGAUUGGAUUCAAACUGAAAGUAGUUGUUCCACAUCAUCUCCCACAUGAUAUGACACAAGGCACAUAACUCUGGUACCAAUAUUUAAUGAAUUAUCCUGCCUUUUUACCUUGAAUUUCAUGUUAAAGUUUUGAUGCACUUCCACUGUAUCUCAGUUAUUACUAAAUGGAUUUGAUUCAAACUUAAAAUAGUUGUUCAACAUCAUCACCCACAAGGGACAUAACUCUGGCACCAACAUUUCAUGAAUUACCUCCCUCUUUACUUAGAAUUAGAAUUUCAGUUUGGUACACUUUCACUCUAUCUCAGUUAUUACUAAAUGGGCUUGAUUCAAACAUAAAAUAUUGUUCCACCUUAUCACCCACAUCAUGUGACACAAGGUGCAUAACUGUGGCACCAAUUUUUCAUGAAUUAUGCCCCUUGUACUUAGAAUAUAAGGUUAAGUUUGAUGUAUUUUCACUAUAUCUCAAGUUAUUAUGAAAUGCAGUUGAUUCAAACUUGAAGUAGUUGUUCCACAUCAUAUGACACAAGAUGCAAAACUCUUCCACCAAUAUUUUAUGAAUUAUGCCCCUUUUCUGCUUAGAAUAUACUUAUAUAGUGUUUUGGUUAGGGCUGUAACGAAUACACUAAGGGGCGAAUAUGAUACGCAUCACUAAUACAGGGUGAUAAAUACGAAUAUUUUAUUCAUGAAUACAAAUUCUAUACAAAAAGGUCACCGAACAGUAUGUGGCUUUUGCCAACAAUAGAUUACAGUCUGCUGACAAGAUUAUAGUACUUACUUGGUACUUAAAACACUGUGAUUGUGAACUACUACUGUUCAAAAGUAAAACAAAAAACACACGUGAAAAUAUUUGUCUACUGUUGUGGGUGGGGAAAUACAAAGAAAACGAAUAAUUAAUGCGAAAUGCGCUAUGAAACGGGAGCAUUUUUGGUAGCUUUCCUGUGUUUUAGAUCAAUUCAAGUAAUUUUAGUAUGGAUUAUGCAGUUUUUAUUUAUAUCCGUAAAUAUUCGGUUCAGGACAUAGCGAAUAACGAAUACAAUUCAGACAAAACUGUAUUCGAUUUAAUCGAAUGUAUCGUUACAGCCCUAGCUAGUUUUGGUACACUUUAUCUGUACCUCUCUUAUAACUUUAUAUUUUUAACAUGACUCAAGCUAUUGUGCAAUAUCCAUCCACCAUUAGAGUCAUUAAACUCUCCUGUGAUAGUUCCAGUUUUUCCUCAGAUGUGCCCAGUUUCACUAUCAAGCAUCGAAAUAGUCAAGCGCACUGUCUCCUGUGACAGCUCUUGUUUGUACUCUGGGUAAUUACAUCCAAUUGUUGCUUUGCUUAUAGAUAUAUUGAAGCCUUUGAUGGUUAUUCAAUUUUGUGUUGUUACAUAUAUUUUCUUGCAUACAUAUUGACCUAGUGGACCAGUAGUGAUAGCUGAUAACUUCCAUUCAAUUGCAUAUACUAUGCUAUUGUGGCUUUUGAGCUGGUGUGAAUGGCUCGGGAAACAGAUUUUUAAUAGUUGUUGAAACAUUUAUUUAUGAUUUCUGAACGUGAUAAACCACUAGCGAAAUAAUAACUUAAGGCUUAUCAGCAUCCCUAAAAUUUCUACUUUUUCCUGCUUUUUUCAGUAUUGCUAAAAUUUCUAAAAAAAAAGAAAAAUUAAAAGGAAUUCUUAAAAAUGCCCUAUUUUCCCCUCUUAAUAUUUGUUUUUCAACAUACUAUUGAAGUUUGAUUAGUACUUCAUGCUUAAUAUGUUAAAAUGUAGUUUUAUAGGUCUUCUUAUUCACUGCAAGCAGUUUUAUCCAGUUUAUAGACAACUGACCAGUGGUUCUGUGGGUUCAGUCUGUUAUUAGCUGUGACUGGAUAAGGGAGAUUGAAUUCUGAAUGUCUAUAUUUUAGUAAACAUUCUUAAUUUUAUCCCAAAAAUAUCUAAGAAAUAGUAGCAAAUUCCUAAUUUUAGCCCAAAGUUUUGUUUAAAAUCACCCUAAAUUUUUGUCAGAAGAUGCUGAACAGCCUUUUUAAACUUGUAUAAGUCUUGUAUUGUCAAAGAUUCAUGUUUUGAUUUGUAUCUUGUUUAGUAAAUCUUUAUGGGAAUUGUUUCAAAA